AUGCGAAAAUGCAAACGCGGGAAGCAGAGAUGGAGAACAGGGUUGGGAUUGGACGAUCAGGUCCAUCUUGCUCUUCAGGCCAGACCCCUGUAUGGAUCUGUCGAUCUCCCUAGCGCAGCUACCGGGACGAGCUUGCUAAUGGCGCAGAUCAAGGUUGAGGAGACUGCUCGGUGGGGUGACCUGGAAGAGCACGGGAGGAGAGCUUUUUACCCAGAUGCUGCGACUUUUACUUGUCUCAUUAAUGGUUUUUGUAUGGAGCAUAAGAUUAAGAAGGCGAUUGAAUUGCUUAGGAAAAUGGGUUCUUUUGGUUGUACACCUAACGUAAUUACUUUUGGGACUUUGAUUACUGGGUUGCGUCGAACAGGCAAUAUCACUAUUGCCCUUCAGUUUUUUGAAGAAAUGGUUAAUGGGAAUGUGGAUUUGGUAUCACUUACUAGGGGCAUUAAACCAAAUGUGGUUGCUUACAACACUCUAAUUUAUGGUUUGUGUAAUACAUCUAAUUGGGAGGAGGCUAAAACUUUGUUUAUGGAGAUGUUGGAUGAAGGUGUACAACUUGAUGUAUUGACAUUUAAUAUGAUAAUAGAUGAUCUUUGUAAGAAUACAAAGAUGAACGAAACUAAUGGAUUGCUCCAACUGAUGAUUAAUAGAGGUGUUCAUCCUAACACAAUUACUUAUAGCACAAUUUUGGCUAGUUAUUUCUUGGCAAGUAUAAUUGACGAUGCAAGAAAGCUAUUUGAUUCUAUGGCAAGUAAGGGGUGUGAACCUAAUGUUGUUAGCUACAAUAUUUUUAUGGACGGUUUGUGCUUGGCAAAUAAAAUUGAUGAUGCUAAAGAGUUGUUUGCUUCAAUGUUGAAUAAGGGAUGCAUGCCUAAUGUAGUUACUUAG